CCGGACUGUAGUUCCUCUUCCCCCGGAGUCUCUGAGUGCAGAGUCUGAGAAGCUCCAGAGACCUCGGCAUAGCUGCAGAGGGUCCCGGGCCGCUCGGACCCCCGUGGCCCAGCUGAGCCACUCUGCAGACCCUCCUCUGGCCCCAGAGACGUCUCAGUAACAUCGAGGCCAAGGUGCGGAGGUAGUGGGACCAGAAAGGUCGCUUGCAUGGAGGGCAGCUUGGUGUGGAUGCUGUUCUUGCCGCUACUGCUGCUGGACCCAGGCAGCCAGGAACCCUGCAAAGCGCCCUCGGAGAAUGUGACAUGGACCGAGGACUUUAAGGAGGACGUCUGCUUGAAUUUCAGCGGCCAAGGUCGGACCCUGCCCCAGAAUCUGUCUUUGCGAGCUAGCAACUUGCGGGUCCUCGAUCUGUCUCGGAACCACCUGCAACAGCUCCCUCUGUCCUUCUUCGUCCACCUGGAGAAGCUGCAAGUCUUGCACGUGGUAGACAACCCGCUGGUCAGUGUGGACGCGGACCUGGGUGCUCGCUGUGAGCUGGACCUCAGGGCCGACUGCAGCUGCGUCCUGAAGGCUUGGUACAAAGUCCGGAGGGACAAUUGUUCAGACCAGUCGUCCUUGUCCCCGCAGUGUCUGCACGCAGGUGGCUGGGGGAACCUCUCCACCUUCCUGGAGGAUGGCUGUGGUCCCCUCCUGCGGCCAGCCACCAUUGGGGCCGUGGUGACUGGCGGGGUCCUGCUACUUGUGAUCGCUGUGGUUGGUCCGGUGCUGGCCUGGCGACUUCGGAGACGACGAGCUGCCCGGAACCAGGACUUACGCAAAGCCUGUGCUGCUCAUGACGGUCCCAGGAUUGGCACAGCCUGGCAGCCCCGGUAUAGCAGCCGGGGACAGGGUGCCAAGCCUCAAGUCCCCAGCCCGAACAGGCCCUCCACGCCCGACUAUGAGAACAUGUUCGUGGGCUUGCCGCCUGCCCAGUACCAGGGCGCUGACCACAGGGAGGAGCCUUUGGAGGACAACGGCUGUUACAUGAACUACCGGGACCUGGAGCUGGCGUCCCAGCCCGUCUACUGCUACUUGCAGUCUCUGGGCAGGGCUCCGUUGGAUGACGAGGAGUACGUGAUCCCCGGACGCUGAGCGCGGGCCUGCCAGCGCUCCCCUCGGGCCAUUGCAACUUUUCCUGGACCUCAGUCUCCGUGUCGUCCGAGACCUGGGGACAGGAAAGGACCGUCCUGGGGGCCUCGGGAGGUCUGAAACUCCCUUGUAAGCCCCACUCCGCCCUGCAGCCCUCUUGGCUGCUGGAGGGGAACAAGGAAAGAGCAACCAGGGACUGAAGGGUCGGCGUGUGAACUCUAUGUUCCGUUUCCGGUCGGGAUUGCCUGCAGUCCUCAAUGAAGGUUUUGGGGCUGGCAGGUGGCGUGGCGGUUAAGGGUGCUGGACUCCCCCAUGGCUGACCACGGUUCAAGUCUCAGGUGGUUUGCUUUCUCUCUCUUUUUCUCACCCUGUCCCUUUCAGGUUCAAAUUAAAAUAAAUAAAGUAUUAAAUAAAUAAAUAAAUAAAUAAAAUAAAGCCUUCAGGGCUGAGGCUGUUGGGUCAAGGUGAAAGGGUUUCUCACCAUAGGAUUUCAGGAGCUCCCCAGAUCUCAUCUCCACCUGAGAUUCCCAAACAAGUCCCCACCCCAUCCCUUCCCUCUGUCCCUCUCAAGCCCCCUUCCCAGGUACCAGGUCUCCAAGGAGUGCCCCUGAGAAAGCCCAUGCUGGGGACCAGCAGUUAGGGUAAUGGCUAUGUCUCUGAACUCCCAUGUAGUCGACCGCGGUUCGAGUCCCGGACCCGGUGGCUUA